AGUAACCCCAGAGUGCACUCUGGACGAUGGGGUGGGGCGACACUUUUGGGUGGAGCGACACGUGUCGCCCUGCCCCUAUUUUCCUGUUCCCGCCUUUGACAUUUUCCUCCGACCCCCUAGGGGGCAGUUUGCGAUAAAAGGCAACGGUGGCAGCAUUAACGAACGAACGACACUCCACGUUGAUUGCGAUUCCAAAUGUGGGUCUGAGCGUACAGCACGAGCAAGCAACUGCAGCUCGGUAGCACAGAGGUUUGGAGCUGAAUCCUGCAUUAGAGAGAGCCCUGCAUUGAAAGUGGAGAUGUUUUGUCAUACAGCAAAAAGACAAGAUCCCACACAACUUCCGCUUCUUCAAACAGAGUAUCUCUUCCAAACACGGAGACCAAAAACCAAAUGGAUAAUAGGACCAAGCCAGCAGUUACACCUGAAUCUAAACUUAAGUGUGGAAAUGUCAAGAGUUCUACAGGAUGACAUGCCCCUGAUCAGGAGGUGGUGGUGUGCUCUCAUACUGGACAACUUCACUCUGCAAAUGCAUCACUCAACCUUACAAAAGGCAAUGUCUUCGGGGAGAUUCAGACAGAGAGAUUCAGAGCAUGCAGUUAUGACAACAAUAUAUCAGCUUCCCCAUGAAAUAAUAGCAACUGGUGAUUCUGCAUAUUUGACGCUUUCACUGGUAUGCAGAUGGUUUAGGGAUGUGGUCACAAAUGAAAUUUUCCAGAAAGCAGCACACUUUGCCUGGCUAGACUGUGUGGUCAACUGGAAAAAAAAUUCUCCAGACUACUGUGAGUUUCGCCGGAUCUACAGCUUCAGGGAAUGCUUGGAGCUUUUUUUAAGUCCUAUCCACCAGGGUACAGGGGAAGAGGAAGACGAGGGGAACUGCUGGGCUUUUACUCCGAAGAUCUUUGUACAGGAUUUUGCUCGCAGGACUGUUUUUUUGCUGCAGGAAAUGAAUUUCUGUAAAACUCAAAACUUGUAGAUUGGAAUUGGCUUUAUGCCCAGCUGCAGUACUUCCUGAACUUCAGCCAGCUCCUUGUUUCCUGUCUGCCAUCAU